AUGAAGAAGGAGAUUGGUGUUAGUAUCGGUUACAUGGAAAACAGAGAAGAUAUAACCAAGGAGCUAAGGGAACGCUUGGUUGAUUGGGUGAUUAAGUUCCAUGAUGAGCUUGGGCUGAUGGAUGAAAGCCUUCACCUUACGAUCCAGAUCAUUGACAGGUUCUUUGCCCUUCAUCAACCCCUGCAGGAAAACCUUAGAGUUGUUGGUGCUGCUGCCUUGUCUUUGGCCAGCAAAUACGAAGAAGUAAAACCUUUUAAUAUCGGUUCACUUAUAACUGAUGAAGAAAGUUACACUCUAGAGGAAGUGAUAUCACAGGAGCUUCUAAUAGCCUGCACCUUGAACUUCGAGUUCUGUUUCCCAAAUCCCUACAUGUUCAUGAGACUGUAUUUCCACGCUACAAAUUCUGAGAUCCGGAUUGAGCCUUUAUCUCUCUUCUUCAUUGAGCUUUGCUUUUCUGAGUUCGAGAUGGUGGAGUGUCGUCCAUCUAUGCUAGCAGCGUCAGCAAUGGAACUGGCUCGCAAGAUGGUUACUCUACAUCAGGAGAUAGCAAAAAAAUCAUCAUCAUCACAGGGUAUGCGUGCACUUUACUUGAAGUACAUGAAAGUGGAUCAGCUUUAUGCUUCCAGAAGGACACCUGCUGCGUUUUUGCUCAAUAAGAAGAGAGGGAGAGAGGAGGGCGAGAGCGACUGA